AUGGUCAAAAAAUACGCCCUGGUCGGCACCGGCGGCCGCGCCAUCUUCUUCUACACAGCCAUCGCCCGCGACUUCCGCGAAACCGCCUGCCUCGUCGCCUUCUGCGACACCAACCAAACGCGCCUGGCCUACGCAAACACCCGCCUCGAAGCCCUCGGCCACCCCAAGAUCCCAACAUACCUGGCCCACGACUUCGACGCCAUGAUCGCCGACACAGAGCCCGACGAGGUCAUCGUGACCACCAUCGACCGCACGCACAACAUCUACAUCGUGCGCGCGCUGGACCUAGGCUGCAACGUGAUCACCGAGAAACCGAUGACGAUCGACGCCCCACGGUGCCGCGAGAUCUUCGACGCGGUCGAAAGGACGGGAAAGAGCGUGAGAGUCACCUUCAACUACCGGUACGCGCCGCACAACACGAAGAUCCACGAGCUGCUGGUGUCCGGCGCAAUCGGGGCCAUCCACUCCGUGCACUUCGAGUGGCUGCUCAACACGCAGCACGGCGCAGACUACUACCGGCGCUGGCACCGCGACAAGCGGAACAGCGGGGGCCUAUUGGUGCACAAGUCGACGCACCAUUUCGACCUUGUGAAUUUCUGGCUGCGCAGUAGGCCCGAGAGCGUGGUGGCCAUGGGCGACCUGCGGUUCUACGGGCGUGAGAACGCAGAGCGCCGCGGGGAAACGAAGUUCUAUUCCCGGGCACACGGGAGCAAGAAUGCAGAGGAUGACCACUUCGCGCUGCAUCUCGACCGCAAUCCCCAGCUGAAGGCGAUGUAUCUCGAUGCGGAGGGUGAAGACGCGUACCACCGCGACCAGUCCGUGUUCAGCGACGGGAUCAGCAUCGAGGAUACGAUGGGCGUGAUGGUGCGGUAUCGCUCUGGCGCGGUGCUAAUGUACAGCCUGACCUCGUAUGCGCCGUGGGAGGGGUUCCGGGUGAUGUUCAAUGGGAGCGGGGGGCGGCUGGAGGUGGAGGUAGUCGAGCAGAGCUAUGUGAAUUCCGGCGGGGAGCAGGCGCUUGAGGGGGCGCUGGAGGCGCGGUCGGUUGUGCUGCGGCCGUUGUUUGGGAAGCCGGUCGAGAUUGAGAUUCCGGUUGGCGAGGGGGGGCAUGGAGGGGGGGAUCCGCAGCUGUUGAGGGAUCUUUUUGGGGAGAAGAGUGAGGAUCCGGCUGGACGGGCGGCGUCGCAUGUGGAUGGGGCGUUGUCGAUUCUCACGGGGAUUUGUGCGAAUCUGUCGAUGAGGACGGGGCAGGUGGUUAGGGUUGAUGAUGUGUUGAAGGUGUAG